AACACAAUAUGUUUCUAUAGUGUUGAACUUUAGUGUUGAGCCCUAUGUGUGACGGCUCCAGGAGCAGCGAGUGGAGAUCUUCAUGGUGGGGGACAUUGCGGCUGCUCCGUACCCGGACUAUAGCACCUGGAACAGGGCGAGGCUCCUGGGGGUGAUGGGCUCUGGCUUGGUGGACCUCCACUAUGUCGACUUUGGAGACAAUAUUGAACAACCCAGGGACAGUCUACGAAGUAUGAGGAGUGACUUCCUCAGCCUACCAUUCCAGGUCAUCGAGUGCAGCUUAGCUGGAGUCAACCCAGCAGGCAGGUGUGGAGAGAAGAAGUCCUGGAUGACUUUGACCGCCUGACAUAUGUUGCUUAGUGGAGACCCCUGCUGGCCAAACUGUGCAGCUACACCCACUCUGGCUCAGUGUACUGUACAGCUCUACGACAACGCAGAGGGCAAGAUCAGUACUAACCUGGACUGGGGUGGGAAAU